GAGGCAGAGAGCAGACUCUGAGAGAGAGAAAUUGAAAAGGAAAACCGGAAACCGAAAUGUGUCCAACGAUUCAGAAAGUCUCUGGUCGCUCCCCAAUAAUAAUGUAAUAUUAAGUUAACAUUUUUUUUAAAGUCUGUGAUUCUAUUCGUUGAUGAAAGUGAUCUUACUCUCAACUCUGCUGUUCAGUAUUCUAUGGUUUCUCCCUCUCGUCUAGUUUUAUGAUCUCUAAUUGGAAGUCACUAACCAGGUGACAGAAUCAUUGUCGUAUCAAAAUGAUGCAAUUCAUGUUGUUAUUUAGUCGGCAGGGAAAACUUAGACUGCAAAAAUGGUAUGUUGCUCAUCCUGAUAAGAUCAAAAAGAAGAUUACGAGAGAAUUAAUUGCCACAAUUUUAGCUAGAAAACCAAAAAUGUGUAGUUUCCUGGAAUGGAAAGAUCUAAAAAUUGUUUACAAAAGGUAUGCCAGUUUGUAUUUUUGCUGCGCAAUUGAACAAAACGAUAAUGAAUUGUUAACUCUAGAAAUUAUUCAUCGAUAUGUUGAAUUGCUGGACAAAUACUUUGGCAGUGUUUGUGAAUUGGAUAUAAUCUUCAAUUUUGAGAAAGCAUACUUCAUCUUAGACGAGCUUUUGCUAGGAGGUGAAAUCCAAGAAACAAGCAAGAAAAAUGUGUUAAAAGCCAUCGCUGCCCAGGAUCUACUACAAGAGGAAGAAACUCCACAAGGAUUUUUUGAAGAUCACGGACUUGGCUAAACAAAUAGUCGCAUCUGGGUGUUAUACACAGGUCAUACCUCUGAUUUAAUUUAAAGUUGCGUCCAUUAUUGUUGUAUCAAUGUUAUUUUGCUGCAUUUAAAUAGUAUUGUAAGAGUUGAUGAUCUUCAAUUCAUUAAGUUAUGGAGAGAAGUCAAGGGUUGUUGAAAUUAUUAUUAGGAUUUUUCUUAUCUCUGACUCUCUUUUUCUUCUUUUUUUUUUAGUAAAAGGAUAUUGCACAAUAACAAGAGGAAUCAAAGGGAUUUGGCGUUCACUAAAUUUCAUUAUUUUUUUACAUUUAUCCUCUGCUAGGUCAGCAUAGUGACUGUUCAAAAUAGUGUGUGUAACAAUGCUGAAAAAUCUACUUUUCAGUCCUAUUUGCCGUGAAAUUAGCACUUAAUAAGUUUGAUUCACUGAAAGUUUUAUAGUGUAGAGAUCAGAAAGAAUAUCAAGUAAGUAUAAAAUAAAAUUUAGCUAGAAUUAAGUCUUCUUAGACGUUGUGCAAUGUCCUUUUGACUUAGUUUACAGAGCUUCAAAAAAGUUUUAACAUUCAUGAUUUUUGAAGAAUUAUAUUUAGUUGUUGUUACAAUUUUUUUGGAGCUUUUAUACUUUGUUCAAUCUUUUUAUUUUUAAACCAAUUUACGUGUUUUGUCAUUAUGUAAUUUUGAAAGUUCUCCUGUUUAAACAACUGAUAAUUUGUGCUUUUUUGUAGAACUAAAUUGGUGUCUACCAAAACUUAACAUUCCACAUUUCCUGAAGUUAACUGCACCUCAGCGCCUGUCAGAAAACCAUGUUUUAAGUUUCAAUAUCAGAUAAUUCAACCAAAGUUUACCUAACCACAGUUUUUUUAAGCCAUCUAAUAAUCUCACGUAAAUGAAAAGGUUUGAUUGGGAAGGUACUUUAUAGGAAAUAUUAGGAUUCCAACAACGCACAAAGUAAACCAAGUUUCAAGCACCGGAGUGCUUUGAAAACUCAAAAAGUAGCGUAAAUCCAUAAAUGUGUAGCAAGUAAUAUUGAGAAUAUUUUUUUCAAUUAUUGAAAGAAUGCAUGUUCGAAGUCACCCACAUAAAAGGCAUUUUGCUUGAACUCUGAAGUGCGUUGAAACUCAUGCGUUGCUAACUAGUGCUUUUAUGGUCGUAAAAGUAAUUUUGAUUCGAAAUCUGUCUUUCUUUUUAAUCAAACACCAGGAGUAAAGCUGUGUGAUAGUGGCUUGCUUGCUAGGAGGUUAGCGGCUCAUCAGAGCCUAAGAAUAUCAUUUUUAAAAUCACAAGAAAUGAAUAAUGAGCACUGGCAAAGGGAAAAGUUUGUAAUUAGGUAGCACUAAUUAUUCUGCCAUUGAAUUACAGAUUUUUCUCAAGUGUUGUUUUAUUUGUAUGAUUUUGCAAUGAUCAUGAAGCACUUGUUUGCAUGUUGUAGCCAAUGAAAUUUUUCAGUUGGACAGGACAGAACUGAUGUGGAAUAGAGUUGUGUGAUUGGUCGGUUGUCCUAUUUGUUUUCUUUGUCAUGACUGUACUCAACUGUGCAAUUGGCAAACUGAAAGCACCUCCUCGAUUACCAAUACAACUGUUAAUCCUCAGGACCCAUGAGGCAUGACAAAGAAAACAAGUGUGACUGCCGACCAAUCAUAAAGUUCCAUUCCAUUCCACUUUUGUUAUGUCCAAUAAAUGAUCACAAAAUUUCAACAAAUCUCCUUCGGAUUGUAUUCUAUAUUCGCAUUGACAUUAGAAUGAUUCACUAAAUGGACCAACAAUUACACCAUUUUAUUUGAAUUACAUAUCCCUGGAGCAAAUUUAUUUGCCUAUUGUUUGCAUUGAAUUAAAUGCCUUAUGAUGAUUCAAAGUAGUAUCCUUAAAGUACUCUAAUUAAUGAAUGUAAAGGCUGUGAGUUUUAUGAUACGUUACUGUCUGUGCACAAAAAACUCCCUCUUUUACUGACUGUCAGUAAAUAAACUAAUGAAAUUUGCCAAGUUUAUAACCUAACUUCUUUAUUUUCUGAUGAGCUCGAAUAUGCAACCACUUUUAUGGAUCUCUGGGGUCGUAAGAAAAUGGAGUUAACAAAUGGUUUAAACAUCAAUAAAAAUAGCCCAGAUCGUAGAACAGGUUAUCAAGAUUUAAUAAGUCAGUUGUGCUAGUUACAGAAUCAUGUGUUGCUAGUUUAAGCUUAAAGAGUAGCAUAAAAUAAAAAGAUUCAUCCAAAUGCCAAGUUUUUACGUUCAAUAUUAAUGCAGAUAUUGCCUUUCAAAAAAUACAGUGUAUACGUCUUAAUCCAUCCAUUGCGAUAGUGAAUACCAUGGCUUCUUCCACCUUGGAUUGAUCAAUCAGUUGUCCACUCGUUUGCACUGGUUGCUGGACAUAAAAUACAAAUGAAACUAAGGUGGAAGACCAUAGUACCAAAUUAUGGUAUAUACAACCGCAAAGCAUGACGUCAAUGCCGUGUGUUUUGAUUGGUGAUCUCUGGACCAAUAUUAAAUGCAGAAAGUUGGCGUUUGGACGGAUUGAAUUUUUUUUCCUGAUCUAUAAACAUAAACCAUCAAAAUGCAAAUCUGUAAUAGCACAACUGACCUAUUGUAAAACUACGCCAAGUAAUUUCUCAAGAAUUAACAUUGAUGGUGGAACCAAAAAACACUGAAUCUUGGUUAGCUUCAUUCUCAGUUCUCAAAAUAAUUUUCUUUAAAUAAGAAAUAUUCACCUGGUUUCAAUUUGAGCAUUUCCACAUAAUUUCUCGGUAUGCAUGCAAGAUUAUUUUCUAAAAAUUUUUUGCAACGGUAGUAGUUAGUCUUAGUCGAAGCAGGGAUGCAGAAAAUUCUUAUGUGCAAAAAUUAGCCGCAAUCUUUGUCUCAAAAAUACCUCAUUUUUCGGGUCUCUUUACUUUGCAAAAAAGUCCAUAGCACUCACUGAGCCUAUAAAUUUUAUAAAGUACCUACUUACCGCAAUUUGUCGUUAUUAUUUCAUUUUUCAUGAAGGGAAACAAUUUUCACCAAAAUAUUUCGGUGCUCAUGGAUUGGUACCAGGACUUUUUGUCCGCAAUUUUACGUCCACUAACAGAUGUCCACUUAAAUUUGUGUUCAUAAUCUUUUCUUCCACAAAAUAAUGAAUCCAUAAUUAUCGAGUCGAAAAGCAUGUGGCACUGCCCAUGUGCAAAGCUUAGUUGCCACUUUGUAGGAAUAAGAUUGUCAUUUUCGUUAGUAUUUUAGAUGGACAUAAAAUCAAUGGACACAAAAUCUCCAUUGACUUAAUUUUACAUGGACUACUUAAAAAAUGGACUUAAUAAGAAGUGGACAAAUUUUACAGUGGACACAAAAAUGAUGCCUGAUUUCUUCAUGCUACGUUCAACAUUUUCUGCACCCCUGAGUCAAAAUGUGUUCGUUUUAAAAAGCUAAGCAAGAGCAAAAAUGUUGACUCAUGAGAUCAAGUUUUAAUCCCACUAUAGGUAUAGAUUCUUUUUGUUCUUGAUGAUUUCUAUUUGUAAGAAAGUAUUAUGCUUCAACUCCUUUGAACUUUCAAUUAUACUUAAAUUUUCAAGUCUCAUAUUCCAGUCAGAAUCAUAGAAAAUUUAGAUAGUCAUUUUAACUUUCUGAUAAGAAAAAAAUCAGUAUUUUUCAGUUUUUUCACCUAGCUAUAAGUAUAGUCUUCUCUAUGAUGGAGCUUGAGGAUAGGAAAAUGAAAUCUUUUUUGACUGCUCUAAUGGUAUGAGACAGUGGAGUCGCUUUUGGUGGCAGGGAAUCAUCUUUUCAUUUUUAGUUAACUCCUCAUCCUUGAAGCCAAGAGAUGGAGUUUGAAUUGAGGGAAAGAGGAAAGCACAAACCUUUAAUGGGGAGCGGCAUUUUGUUCUUACUAUAUGAUGAGACUUCAGUCUGAUAACGACCCUUAAAGGUUCGUGAUCUCCUCUUCUACUUAAACUUUCCCUUCCAACAAGAUCGUCAGCAGUCGAAAGACUGUUCAUUGAAGCUUUUGUAUUCUGUAUUCCGCUUUCUUCGUUAUCAUGUGUUUUUGUUGAAAGCAUUUUUACUCUCGGAAUCUUUUGAAGGAGCCAUGUUGUUACAGCCAAUGUGCAAUGUAGUUUUAGUUUCUCGUCAUUUGAGAAUUAUUUUGUUGAUGCUUAUUUCUUUAGACCAUUCAUGACACCCACAACAAAAUCAACACAUCUAAUUUCUAUCUUGUGCUGAGUUCGUGCACAUUUUCACCACUGCUUUUAUCCUUUUUCUCACCUCAUCACUGUCUUAGAACUUGAAUUUUCAUCACAUAAGAAGCAAAUGAACUGCAAAGACGAAAUCCUAAUCAAAAAUAUGUUGUCGAAAAAUCUUGUGUAAUUCUAUGAGUCAUUUUCAGAUUUAAAAAGCUAAUAUUAGUUUUAAAUUUCGAUCAUUCUACCAACUCUUGAACAAAAUUUCAAUAUAAUCAUCAGUUUAUAAAAUUACCCACCAUUGAUUAUCAGUAUUACAGUAAGAAAGUCUCACAUGAAAUCACACCCUCCUCGUGCUUCAAACUAAUCCAAAUGAAAAAUAUUACAUCUGCUAUAGUCAACAUGGGAGCACAUCUAUAUGGGUCAAAUAAUUUUCUGUGUGAAGAAUUACUCUAAAUUUACUAAGAAACGGACACAAUGCAACGGAAACAGAUCAAGUCACAUCUAGUUUGAUCUACCAAAGAGAGGCUUAAAGUUUUGUUUUUACGUAAAACUCAAUGAUAAGAACGAAGUUUAACGACUAUUAUCACGUUCAAAAUAUUUUUUCUUGGCUUUGAAGUUUUUACAGGAGAAACUAUAUAACUAGCUGAAUCCAAAACUAUUCCUACCUUAUUUUCUUUCCAAAACACGAUUUGCUACGUUUCUGUUAAAUUCUGUCCAAAUCAUACCAUGAUUGCCAUGUGAUGCUUAAAUUCAGAUUUUGACUAGUGCGUAGUAUAUUUUAAACUUAUUUUAGAAAAUGAUAACUCUCCAGGUUAAAAAACCGUUAAAGUAUAGCUAAGCUUCCAUAUUUGUGGAUCUUGGCCCGGUAAUCUACCACCUCUUGGUGCAAUGAAACAUCCGUUUUGUUCCCUAAAGAUUCCAUUGUCUAACAAUUAUACUGUCUGUUCAACCUAACCGCAAAAGAUGGUUCAAUGUGAGAGUUUACUCUCCGCUUGUAAAAUUUAUAACUAUCAUGGAAGAAAAUGUAUUUUUGGUUAACAAAAUGAAGAAUUAGAAAAGAAAAUUCAAAGUCUCAAGCUGUUUAGUAUUUGUCAAUACCAAUUGUGCUGAGCGAUUGACUUUUCAUAGUUCAAAAAUCAGUCAUGAAUUAAAGGAAUUAGGCAUUCCCAAUGAUGAACUCUCCCCAAUUUUUAAGGAUGUUUAUCCUCACAACCGUUCUUCAUUUCAGUGUUGUUAUUCCAGCAAACGACCAAAAACACAUUUUCUUAUUGUAUUUUUGAACUUCCCGAUCAGAAGGUAUACCUCACCUUAAGCAGGUGGUAAAAUGGCCCAUUCUGCAAAAAUUAGUAAUCAAUGAAACUUUUCCUCAAAUAUAUUGGAUGUGCCUUCUACUCUCAAAAUGUUGAUAUUGGCUGUUAUAAAUGAUUUACAAUAUAAGAUUAUAAUUUUUUUUUCUUUUAAAAAAUGUUGUUUUUGUAUUAUUACAAGUUUGAGGUUUCAAAUGAAAUAGUUUGCGCAGAUGAGAAAGAAGUUGUCAAUGUUUAUCCUGAUCUUCUUUUUUCCCUGAUUACUUUGUUCCUAAUUUUCUAAAAUACCUAACUUAAAAGUAACAUUUAUUCUUUUAUAAAAGACUUAAUCAUUGUUAAUGUUCACUUAAGUAUUGUAAUAUCUUAAUUUAUUUUUACUCUAGAAAUAAACUUUAUCAUUCCUUUUCAUCAACCAAA